AUGAGUGAUCAUCAACCUGGUACCUCUAGAGGUACGAAACGAUCAAUUGAGAUACCUUUGCGAGCGCAAUCAAAGCAUGUUUUGUUGCACGAAUCGGAUAUUCUUGAAGCUUUAGGAAACUCUGAUGAGGAUGAUUUUGUGGGAAGUGAUGAAGACGAAGAUUUUUUAUUGGGUGAUGACGAUGGAGACAGCUCAACCCUGGAGUCGGAAGAAGGAGUUAUAUCACCGCUACCACCUAGUGAAAUUCGAUUUUCAUCUGCAGAAAGGGAGGAGUUGAAUGAAACCAUGGAAGAGUCAGCAAGCCACAUGAGUCUUCUGAACCUGCCACCGAAGGAUCAACCUCACACUAGAGUACUUCUUGCUUGUCUAUGA